UUCCCGUCAAAGAUUCGCCAGGUAGGUCCUUCCCGACAAACUUGAGGGGAUGAAAAUGAAUACAGAAAAGUAUAGGGACAUUGCGCCAAAACCCCACAAGAAUUCCAAAGACAAGCAUGUCCCCACCAAAAAACGAGAGGCAAAGAAGAGGCUGGAGUGCCAAAGGCGAUGAAGAUACCGGAUACAACAAGCCACACGAUUUUCCUUGUCAUAUCAUCAUAUCUAUAUUAUUUCAUUGGAUAAUUGUAAGACAAAAUUGAAACCCAUUUUCAGGAUACUGUAGAUCUCACUGAGGAGAAGCUACAGAAGUAACUAUAUUUGAAAAACUCCCAUUUUGAUGCAAUGGUUCGUAACUUGUUGAAUUGGUAAAAUCCCAUUUGAUAGGGUGGAUUAUUUUAGCUAGUGUCGGUGGAACUUGAUAGUAUUUCUUCUUGAGCAAUCGAGUUUUGUUGGGCUGGUUGACAUCACAUUACAAUGUUGCCUGUUUGCUCAGCCACCUCAAGCUGUUCUUAUCAUUCCCAGAUUUCCUUACAUGGAGGAUUGCAUGCCAGUUCCCCAUUCCAGAAGGAUUUUGAGGCCAGAUACAUUGCGGAAUGCAGGGGCUCUCUGGGCUUGUCAUUUGCAAUGCAUUUCCAAAGAGAUUCCUUCAAAGCACAUGCUACAGAGUCUUUGUAUUCUAACUUUGUGAAAAGCACAGAACAAUCAGUCUCCAUGGAUUUUGUUAAUAGGAGUUCCUGCUCAAAUGAAUCAGACUAUCUUAAUUGCAAGUAUUCAGAUAUGUGGAGUUCUUCUACUGGAACUUUAUAUAAACAACAUCCGUUGGGAAUGGUGGAACUGAAAUAUGUAGAAAGCUCUAGCCUUUUGGCCCCUGAUGAGGGACUCAUGGACUUUACUAAUCAGUCGACUGAGAAUGCAAGUAUUUUAUCAGGACCCGUAGAACCUGAAUCCAUUUCAGCUGCUGAUUUAACACCAGAAAAUGUCACCUCUGCAUCUGACUCCCUAGACAUUGAUAGUGAUCAAUUAUCCAGUGUGAAAACUAGUAUUGAGGAUUUUGUUGAUGGGGUUAGUAAGUCUUUCAGUGCUUCAGUCGAUAAGGGAGAAAGUUCUGUUAAAAGCUCACUAGACGCAAUCACUUCAUCAGUAUCUUCUGUUGUUAAAAGUGCUAAUGAAGCAGUGGAUAAUGCUGUUGGCAGAAUGUUUUCAACAAUUGAUCAAACGGGACAAUUAGGUGGCAGUAAAAUGGCAAAUUUUUCAAGCGACUUUAAGGAAGCCACAAGUAAAGGAACUGCUAUUGCUAUUGAUAUUUUGAGACGUACAUUUGUUGUGGUGGAGGAUUCUCUAUCAAGUGGGGCUUCCUUUGUUGUUAGUUCUUACCAGUCUGCCAAGGACUUUCUUCCUCCUGACGUUAGUGAUGCACUAAAUUUGUCUGAAAAGCGAGCAGCAGAGUUCCUGGGGCCUGCCAAGAGUGCUUUUCAACAGGUUUAUAUUGCUAUUGAGGGGUUGGAGGAAAAUCUUGGCUUGGAUCCAAAAGAUCCAAUCAUUCCAUUUGUUAUAUUCCUUGGCACCUCAGCCACUUUAUGGGUCAUUUAUCUGGUGCGGACAUUCAGUGGUUAUGCUGGAGAUUUAUCUCCUGAAUCAACAUUGGAGCUCUUGACAGGGAAGGAGAAUGCUGUGCUCAUUGAUGUCCGACCCGAGGUUAUUAGAGAAAAAGAGGGUAUUCCUGAUCUUCGACGAACAGCUCGCUUUCGUUAUGCAAGUGUGACUCUACCUGAGGUUGAUGGCUCUUUAUGGAAGUUAUUGAAGAGUGGAAAAGAUCUUGAUGAUACCUUAACUGCUGCUGUUAUUCGGAACUUGAAGAUUGUUCAGGACAGGUCCAAGGUCAUUAUUAUGGAUGGUGAUGGUACUCGUUCCAAAGGAAUUGCAAGAUCCUUGAGAAAGCUUGGGCUUAAGAAACCUUACUUGGUUCAAGGUGGCUUUCAGUCUUGGGUGAAACAUGGUCUUCGUAUUAAGGAACUCAAACCUGAGACGACACUUACCAUACUCAAUGAGGAAGCUGAGGCAAUUCUGGAGAAUAUCAAUCCUUCUCGAGCUCAAGUUCUUGGGUAUGGUGUGGGACUGAUUGCGGCAUCGUAUGCACUAUUAGAGUGGGAGAAGACAUUGCAAUUGAUUGGCGUUGUUGGCCUUGGUCAGACCAUUUACCGACGGGUGGCAACUUAUGAGAAUGCUGAAGAUUUUAAGCAAGAUGUCAGGCUGCUGCUUGCGCCUGUUAGAGUUGGAGCUCAGGCAUUUUCGUGGGCUGCUGGGAAAUUGGAAUCAAACGGCAUUGGACUACCAACAUCUCCUUCAUCCUCAGAUGUUAAAAACCGGGUAUUGCAGGCUGCUGCAAAGCAUGAAUCUCAACCGUCUGAUACUGAAGGAAUCCAAGAGUCAUCUCCUGAAUCAACAAUUCCGGUCAAUGACAGUGUAGAUCUCUCCGAAGCAUAAUGUUGAUAUUUCAGCAGCCAACAAAGAACAAAGGUUGAUAUUUUCUAGCAGUAGGCACUGCUUCCAUUAGAGCCUCAUGCUGUAGCUUGAAAUGUGAUCUGAGCUGUUUUAGCAGUGAAUGAAGGUUGAGUUAAUUAACUGAUGAUUCUCUAAGAAGAUGCACUAUAUGGUGAUUGGCCUUUUGUGCAGAAUUAUAGCAUAGUCGUUAUGUUUCAUCCUAAUGAACUGAACUGAGUUUUGUGCAUCUUGCAUAAAACAAUUAUUCAAUUUUCAGUUGAUGCCAACAAACAAGCACCAACGUGGAUAUAUAGGGGAAUCCGUCGUCAUGUACAGAUUUUGGUAGCAGUCAAUGUAUGGUUAUAGUUAGACUGAUUUCAACUUGA